AUGCGGACGGGCUCCCACUCCCCAGUCCCCUCUGCUCCUGUGGAGGUGGUGUACGCUCGCCAGGCACUCUGGCCCUUUCGGGGUAACUCCUGCACCAUCUUGACUGGGCGUGAGUCGCUCCUCGCCAUUAUCUCAUCGAACAUGCAUCAGUGCGUGGCGGCGGUGAGGCGGCCGGUGGCGCAGCAGCAGCAGCAGCAACAACAAGGGCACCGUGGCGAACAGGGGCGGGCGCAUUGUUGUCACCCUCGUUUGCCGGGCCUUCCGAACAACAACAAAGAUAAAAGAGAGAAGAGGCGCAUAGCUUGA